ACCCGACCCGGCCCAUUAACCCGAAUCAAGAACUAUAAAACGUGAAUCAACACUCAUUACAGAACUAGAAUUCAUUUCAGAUUACCAGAAAGAAAAAGAAAGCAUACAAAUUUUGAACAGAGCGAUGGCUGAACUUUCCGUUUCCGAUUCCGUUACCGUUUCCGACCUCAUUUCGCAAGAACAACCCGUUCUUAACUCCGCCGCCGCCGGAAACGAAACCACCGCAGUUCCUCCGCCUCAAAACACCAACGAACUCGAAGAGAAGAAGAAACGCCUCUUGGAAGAACUCGAAUCUGCUUUGGUUUCCACUCCGAUUCCCAAACCUGUUCACAAACCUAAUCGCCUAGGUCUUGGAAUCGAGGUGAUCGACGAAACCGCGUUGCUCGAUAGCAUUCCGAAGAUCGGAAAACAAUCGAGAAGAAGAGCUUCCAAGAAGAUUCACAAGAAAGCUGUAACCGUCACUGAGACUGAGAGUGAGAGUUCAAUCCACCUUGUUGCAAGAAACAUCAGCAGCAGCAGUAGCAGCAGCGAGAAUGAGAGGAAGUACUCUCGAGAGGAAAUGGAGGCUGUGAGGUUUGUGAAUGUCUCCCAGCAGCGCAAAUUCUGGAAGAAGAUUUACGAUGCUCUUCAAUCCACCUUCUCCGGCGAGUAUGAUGCUUUGGUUGCCGCUCCCAACAACCCUCCUCCGUUCGUUCCCAACAAGAAACCCAUUCUCAUUGAAGAGUGCAUUGAAGAUGAUGAUAGUGAGGAUGAUUAUGCUAGCAUCCAGAGGCCGGCUUUUCAAGUAGACGGGGAACCUAAUUUUGAUUCUGGUCCACCGGAAGACGGAUGGGAAUAUCUUAGGCGUGUCAGGUGGGAGGCACAACAAUUUCCUAAUGUGAAGAUAUCCAAGCUGGAUAGAAGUAAACUUACAAAGGAGCAAAGUCCUUAUAUGCCCCAGAUUCCUGAUAUUGCCAAGUGUCCUGAGCAUCUGUUGCCAUUGAAACAGUGGGAGGAUGCAUUUCUUGCAGAAUUUUCAGCACUAAGAGUGAAUCUGUCAUGCCUUGUUGAAGAACGUUCAAGCACCAUGCUGUCUGGCAGUAAUUUUGGAGAUAUCCUACUUUGUAAUAAUAAGAGCAUUGCUAAGGCUGAUCAACCUACUAACUUGGCUGGCAAGCAUGAGGAUAACAUUACGUCUUUAGAGAAUCCUGGAUUGAAAACUUCCAAAGAUCAAACUUGCAGCAAUAUUCCCACUCCUCCCCUGCUUUCUACAAUCCUAGGAAUGGACUCUGUAGCCCGAGUAUCAAUGUUGCUGAAACGAAUUCGCCUGCUGGAACCUGAAAACACCAUCACAAGAAUUGAUUGCUUGUGGCUUUUUGCUCUCUGUGCAGCUGUAGAUACUCCACUAGAUGCAGACACUUGCGCUGCACUCAGGAGUCUGUUGCGAAAGUGUGCCGACAUUCGUGCUGGAAAAGCUGAACUGGAUGAUGAGGUUGUAAUGUUGAAUAUAUUGGCUACAAUUUCGGGCAGAUAUUUUGGGCAAUCUGAAAAUUGAAUUUCCAGUUUGUAAGGCCUCUUAUGUUUUAGAAUUGGGAUGGUUAUGAUUUUCCAGACUAUGCAUAAAAUCUAAUGUAUGGUUCUAAGAAUUUCUUAAUAUAUGUCUUAAUGUUUUAACCAAGUCAUUAUUGCUAUACAAUUAAAGUACACUUGAAAAUACCAACAUGGUGCUACACAUUUAACAUUUGGUCCCUAAAUUAUGUGU